AUGUCUGACGACGAGGACUUCAUGCAAGAGUCCGAUGAGGAGCAGUACGACUUUGAGUACGAGGAGGAUGACGAUGAAGACUCUGGAGACGUUGGCAUCGAGAACAAAUACUACAAUGCGAAGCAACUCAAGCUUACCGAUCCCGAGGAUGCCAUCGCCGAAUUCUUGGGCAUACCACCGUUAGAGGAGGAAAAGGGCGAAUGGGGCUUCAAGGGCUUGAAACAAGCCAUUAAGCUCGAGUUCAAGCUGGGACAGUAUGAAAAGGCGACGGAACAUUAUGCCGACCUAUUGACCUACGUCAAGUCAGCCGUGACGCGAAAUUACUCUGAGAAGUCGAUCAACAAUAUGCUGGACUACAUUGAGAAGGGAUCAGACGGACCCAAAGCGGUGGCGUGCGUCGAAAAGUUCUAUUCACUCACACUCGAGAGCUUUCAAAGCACGAAUAACGAGAGGCUAUGGCUGAAGACGAACAUCAAGCUGGCCAAACUUCUCCUCGAUCGCAAAGAUUACAACACAAUUACCAAAAAGCUGCGAGACCUACAUAGAGCCUGUCAGAAGGAAGAUGGCAGCGACGAUCCUAGCAAGGGCACCUAUUCUAUGGAGAUAUACGCCCUCGAGAUCCAGAUGCACGCCGAGACCAAGAACAACAAACAGUUGAAGAGACUAUAUCAGCGCGCCCUGAAGGUCAGGUCGGCUGUCCCUCACCCCAAGAUUAUGGGAAUCAUUCGCGAAUGCGGCGGAAAGAUGCACAUGAGCGAGGAGAACUGGGCCGAGGCGCAGACGGACUUCUUCGAGUCCUUCCGCAACUAUGAUGAGGCUGGCUCGCUCCAGCGGAUCCAAGUGCUCAAGUACCUGCUUCUAACGACGAUGCUUGUCAAGUCCACCAUCAACCCGUUCGACUCGCAAGAGACGAAGCCGUACAAGCAGGAUCCCCGAAUAACUGCCAUGACCGACUUGGUAGACGCCUACCAGCGGGACGAUGUCCAUGCCUACGAAAACGUCCUUCAAAAAAACCAGGACAUUCUUGCUGACCCCUUUAUUGCCGAGAAUAUUGACGAAGUGACGCGCAACAUGCGCACUAAGGGUGUCUUGAAGCUCAUCGCUCCCUACACACGCAUGAAGCUGUCAUGGAUCGCCAAGCAACUCAAGAUCUCAGAGCCCGAGGUCCAGGACAUACUGGGCUUCCUCAUUGUUGACGGCAAGAUUGAGGGCAAGAUUGACCAGCAAGCCGGCACCCUCGAGAUCCAGUCAGACGCGGACAGCGACCGCACCAAAGCUCUGUACGAGCUGACGCAGUCCGUCUCUAACCUAUACACCACCAUGUUCAAGGAGAGUGAAGGCUUCCGAUCAACCGAGUUCCCAACGGAUGAGCAGGCCAUGGAGAUGAUGGGUGGCGGCAUGACACCCAGAAGCGGCGGUCCGCGAGGACAACCGCGGGGUGUUGGACGGAAAGGCAAGGGUGUGAUGCCCAUGUGGACAUGA